AUGAUUAUGACAAACAUGACCACUAUGAGUGGAUUCCUCCUCAUGGGGUUUUCUGACAUUCACGAGCUACAGAUUUUACAUGCUUUGCUGUUCUUGAUGAUGUAUCUAUUGGCCUUGGCAGGUAACCUCAUUAUUAUCACCAUCACCACCUUGGACCAUCGUCUCCAAUCCCCAAUGUAUUACUUCUUAAAGCACCUUUCCCUUCUGGACCUCACCUUCAUUUCUGUCACAGUCCCUCAGUCUAUUAACAACUCUCUGAUGGAUGAUGGCCAUAUUUCCCGUGGUCAGUGCAUGCUCCAGGUUUUCUUCUUCACGUCUUUGGCUUGGGCUGAAGUGGCCAUUCUCACCGUGAUGUCUUAUGACCGCUAUGCAGCCAUCUGCUUCCCCCUGCACUAUGAGGUCAUCAUGCAUCCUGGGAAGUGUAAACAGGCUGUAAUAGCCAUAUGGCUAAGUGGAAGCAUGUCAGGAAUCUUGUACACAACAGCUACAUUCUCUAUCACAUUCUGUAGAGCCAAAAUGAUUCACCAGUUCUUCUGUGAUGUCCCCCAGUUGGUAAAGCUCUCCUGCUCCAAUGAUUACCUUGGAGUGGUUGGAGUGGCUGCUUUCAUGUCUCUGAUGGCAUUCAUCUGCUUCAUCUCCAUUGUCCUCUCCUACAUCCACAUCUUCUCCACAGUUCUAAGAAUACCCUCUGCUGAGGGCCGAUCCAAGGCCUUCUCCACCUGCCUGCCCCACCUCUUUGUUGUCUCAUUUUUUCUUUCCACAGGUAUCUUUGAGUUUCUCAAACCAACUUCAGAUUCUCCAACUACUUUUGACCUUAUGGUUUCUAUCUUUUAUACAGUUGUACCCCCAACUCUCAACCCCGUUAUCUAUAGCCUUAGGAAUGAGGCCAUGAAGGGUGCUUUCAGAAAAUUAAUAUUGGGUGGAAAAUUCACCAGGAAAAAAACAUUUGUAUCCUUCUGUUGA